UUAAUAAUCCUAAACUUUCUUUACUGGAAAUCGCCCGUUUACUUAACGAAUUGCUAGAAACUUCCUCUACUUUACAAGACAAAAAUCAAAAAGAGGAAAGAAAAUUAGCCGGAGAAGUCGGCGAAGCAAUUUCAACCGCAAUUUUUAAACAUAUUGACCGAUUAGAGGGAGAAACUGAACCCCCCGAAGCAGAGUUGCAAAAACAACGAAUUAUUAAACAAUGGAAGCGAGAUAUAGAAAAUUUUAAAAAAUACGAGCCAAAAUUAGAAAAAAUGUUCCAAAAAUAUAACGAACAACAACAAAAAAAUUCCGCACCAAGCGAAGAAGAUGAAACUACGGAAAAUUCAAGCGAAGAAAAAUCCUCCGAGUCCAAAGAAAUAAAGCAAUUAGAAACCAAAAUACAACUACUUGAAAAUCAAAUUGAAGGAUGA